AUGGAGCUGCGGAGAUCUUCCUUCUACAGCACGUUAGACCUGGUGCCACAGCUGGAGCACUAUGCCAGCCCGCUGCCACACCGGCAGGCGAGGAGCCGUCCAUCUCUUGAGGCUCUCCGUAGGGCAUUUGAGGAUGUAGAGUCGGACUUGGAGGUCAACACAGACUCAGGAGUUAGUAGUCUGCCAGACAGUGGAAAUGAGGAGUCGCAAGCCGACCAGGAGAAAGCUCCUGUUAGAUUUGGCUGGGUUACUGGAGUCAUGGUUCGUUGCAUGCUGAAUAUUUGGGGAGUUAUCCUGUUCCUCCGCCUCUCGUGUAUCAUCUCUCAGGCAGGCAUUUUGUUGACCUGGCUUAUUAUCCUGAUGUCUGUGAUGGUGACUUCAGUAACUGCCCUCUCCAUCUCUGCCAUCGCCACCAACGGGAGGGUGAUCUCAGGUGGGGCGUAUUUUAUGAUCUCCCGCUCUCUGGGCCCUGAAAUUGGUGGACCAAUUGGGAUGGUCUUUUCCUUCGCCAACGCUCUGGCCUGUGCGCUCAACACCGUUGGCUUUGCAGAGGUGGUCCGUGAUCUAAUGCAGGAGUUUGGUUUUGUCAUGGUUGAUUCAAUCAAUGACGUCCGUAUUGUGGGCGUGAUCACGGUGACUCUUCUUCUGCUCAUUUCUUUGGCUGGAAUGGAGUGGGAGUCCAAGACCCAGAUUUUGUUCUUUAUAGUCCUCUUGGUCUCAUUUUCCAACUAUUUUGUGGGCACAAUCAUCCCUCCCAGUCAAGAGAAGAACGCCAAGGGCAUCUUUGGAUACCGCAGUGAGAUCCUCAUAUCGAACCUGAAACCCGACUGGAGAGGACCUGAAGGCGACUUUUUCAAGAUGUUUGCCAUUUUCUUCCCCUCCACCAUUGGCAUCCUGUCUGGAGCCAACAUCUCUGGAGACCUCAAAGACCCUGCUACUGCUAUCCCCAAAGGCACCCUCAUGGCCAUUUUCUGGACUACAUUCAGCUAUCUAGCUAUAUCUGUAACUCUUGCGUCGUGUGUGGUGCGGGACGCCUCCGGUAAUAUAAGUGACAUUCUGAAUGGAAACAUCACUGACGGCUGUGUGGGUGUUGGAUGUAACCUGGGCUGGAACUUCACAGAGUGCAUCCAGUCGCAGUCUUGUAAAUAUGGUUUGGCCAAAAAUUCAAAGGUACUGGGUCAAAUUUCAGGUUAUUACUACCUCAUCACCGCUGGUGUCUUCGCAGCCAGCUUGUCAUCUGCCCUCGGCUUCCUCGUCUCCGCCCCUAAAGUCUUUCAGUGUCUGUGCAGAGACAAUAUAUACCCAUACAUUGGAUUCUUUGCAAAGGGUUAUGGGAAAAAUGAUGAGCCACUCCGGGCCUAUAUACUCUGCUACGUCAUUGCCGUGGCCUUCAUUCUCAUAGCUAAGCUGAACACCAUCGCAGCCUUGAUCUCCAACUUCUUCCUGUGUUCCUACGGCCUCAUCAACUUCAGCUGCUUUCACGCUUCAAUCACCAACUCCCCCGGUUGGAGGCCAUCGUUCCACUACUACAGCAAAUGGACAGCUUUGUUUGGAGCGGUGAUCUCUGUGGUGCUGAUGUUCCUGUUUACCUGGUGGGCAGCUCUCACCACCUUCUGCAUCAUCUUCUUCCUCUUUGGAUACGUCAACUACAACAAGCCAAAGGUAAACUGGGGUUCGUCAGUCCAGGCGGGUACAUACAACAUGGCUUUGUCAUACUCCGUCUCUCUGUCUGGUGUUGAGGAUCAUGUCAAGAAUUUUAGACCACAAUGUCUCGUCCUGACUGGGCCACCAAACCAGCGACCAGCCCUGGUGGACUUUGUUGGAUCCUUCACCAAGCACAUAAGCCUCAUGAUCUGUGGAGACAUAAUCACGGAGCAGGAGAGGCAGACUCGGCCGCAGGAUGCCACAGAUUGGUUGGUGAAGUGGAUGAACAAGAGGAAGGUGCGCUCCUUUUAUACCCCUUUCACUGCCGACAGCCUCAGAGUUGGAGCUCGACACUUGCUGCAGGCUUCUGGUCUUGGCAAGCUGAAGCCAAACACUCUGGUUCUGGGUUUCAAGGCAAACUGGAGGGACAGUUCUCCUGAAAGCAUUGAAGAUUAUAUCAACACCAUAUACGAUACCUUCGACUCCAACUACUGUUUGUGUAUCUUGAGGAUGAUGGACGGGCAGGAUAUCUCUGACCAGUUUGAUUUUGAAGGUUAGAAAUCCAGACUUCAUCAACAUGCAUUCAACCCGUUCUCACUACCAACUCGUCAAAAUAACGCUGUCACAGCUGACGACAUCUCCGAUAAAGGCGACAGUGAUCAGAUCAAGACAGUGUUUCAGAAUGACCAGGGGGAGAAGACCAUCGACGUCUACUGGAUAGCUGACGAUGGAGGUCUGACUCUGCUGGUUCCUUACCUGCUCACCAGGAGGAAACGCUGGCACCGCAGUAAGGUCCGGGUCUUCAUUGUAGGAGAUGAACAAAACAUGGAGGAAGGCCGCAAUGAGAUGAUCGCCCUGCUGAAGAGGUUUCGUUUGGAUUUCAAUGAUGUCACAGUCAUGACGGACAGCGAGAGGCGUCCACACGCCAAGAACCUCAGUAGGUUUGUGGACAGUGUCGCCCCCUUCAUGCUCCAUGAUGAACAGCAGGAAGGUGUCUCAGUUCACGAGCUGAGACAAAGCGCCCCAUGGGAAAUAACAGACAAAGAGUUUGAGGCCUUCAAACUUAAGUCUGAGAGAAAAGUGAGGCUGAAUGAAAUCAUCCGGAGGAAUUCACAACAUGCUGCUCUUGUGCUUGUGAGCCUUCCUGUGCCACACAGCGACUGCCCCAGUGCUCUGUACAUGGCCUGGCUGGAUACUCUGACCUGUGGCCUCCACUGCCCCGCGGUGCUGAUACGAGGAAACCAGCAGAACGUGCUCACUUUCUACUGCCAGUGAAUCCUCUCUUACAGGGAC